UUGACGCGGAUUUAAAGCGAAAUACAUGUGAUAGCCUCGGUAGCCUACGCGGAAUUUGGUAUCAUCCGGAAGAAUAUCAUUCUUUUUCAACUUUACUUCCAGGUGAAACGGUUUCUAUCAUCAACUAUCCCCGAUAACGUUAUCCCGCUCAUGUUAGCUUACUGCACGGUGCCUGGAGUGGGAAGGGUUCAUGGCUAGCACACUAGAGACGCCGGUGAAGGAGGCUAUGCCCUCCCUCAUCGACCGGACGAUGAAGAUGAGGAGAGAGGAACAGGCGCGGAAAGUCGUGCUCGCCUGGGCAGUACUGAAUAUUUCGCUCGCUGGGAUGAUCUACACUGAAAUGACUGGGCAACUGCUCAGACGAUAUUAUAACAUCUCGUCCUGGCCCCUGUGGUAUAUCGAGCUGAUCCUGGCCUGUCUGUUCAGUCUCAACGCCCUGUUUGACUUCUGGAAAUACUUCAAAUACACGAUGGCUCCCUCCACCAUCGCACUGACCCCUGAGCAGCACCGUCUCCUGGGCCUCCACGCUUCUGGCAUCCUGGCCACGCCGCCGCAGAAGCAGGAGAAGCAGGAGGCGCCCACGCCCUCCCCGGCCUCCCCCCUGCAGGGACAGAGCGUGCUCAGUUACAGCCCGUCCUGGCCCGCCAGCACCAGCCCCAAGUUCUCCCCCGGCUGUGUCAGCGGCUACAGCCCCCCCCUCCAGAGCCCCUCGCCCACGGGCAGCGCGGGGUCCUUCUCCUCCCCCGUCACCUACCCCUCCCCCAGCAGCUUCGGCAAGGUGCUGAACUACAGCCCCUCUCCCAGCUCCUCGCCCUACCCCAGCAGCAUCGGGCCAGCUGAGGGGACCAGCCUGCGGGCCAGGUACCGCACCUCUCCCUCCGUGUUCAGCGCCCCCGGUGGCAAGGAGGACUACAUGGCUGACCUCAAGACCCUGGAGAAGUUCCUGCGCUCUGAGGAGGAGAAAAGCCAGAGGAGCCAGCUGGGAAGUCCAGAGUUUGUGACCCCAUCCCACAGCCCCACGUUCUGGAACUACAGCCGGUCGGUGGGGGACUACGCCCAGAGCCUGAGGAAGUUCCAGUACCAGCUGGCCUGCCGCUCCCAGGCGCCCUCGGCCCACAAAGACGAGACCGACCUGGGCUCCAAGCAGGCCGCGGAGGAGGUGUGGGCCCGGAUCACGACCAGCCACCUGGUGGUGGAUCGCAUCGACGGCUGGACCGCCAAACUGAGAAACUGGAUUAAUGACACCAUCCUGGUGCCUCUGGUCGGCGAGCUGGACUCCGUGAACUCCCAGCUGAGGCGACUGGGAAGCCCGGAACUGCAGGCAGGAGAGGCCAGCAUUAGCAGUCUGAAACAGGCGGCUGUCGUCAAAGCUUCCUCCAUCCCCACGCUGAACGCCAUUGUGCAGUACCUAGACAUCACGGCCAACCAGGAGUACCUCACCGAACGGAUCAAAGAGCUGGCCCACAGUGGCUGCAUGAGCUCGUUCCGUUGGAACGCCGGAGGGGAGUGGAAAGGCAGGAAGUGGGAUACGGACCUGCCCACCGACUCGGCUAUCCUCAUGCACGUGCUGUGCACGUACCUGGACUCCCGGCUCCCCCCCCACCCCAAGUACCCCGACGGAAAGACCUUCACCUCCCAGCACUACAGCCAGACGCCGGACAAGCCAGACAUGACGAACGAGAACCUCUUCAGCAUCCACCAGAGCAGUGUUAACCCGCCUCACUAUCAGCUCAUCUACCAGGGCCACGUGUACAGUCUACCCAAGGGCAGGAACAAUCUGUUCCACACUGUUCUCAUGUUCCUCUUCAUCAUUAAGACCAAGGAGUCAGGGAUGCUGGGGAGAGUCAACCUGGGCCUAUCAGGAGUGAACAUCCUCUGGAUAUUUGGAGAGUGAUUCAAGCGUCACAGGAAGCUCAUCGCAGGACACCUUGUCGCUGAUUGGCUUAGAAUCUGACCUCAUCGCUGAUUGGUUUAGAAUCAGACGCCUCUUUCAAAGACCCCUCAGAUUCCCCACUAGCACACUGGACUGAGCAGAAAUCAGAAACCGUUCUCUUUUGCCAGGACAUUUAUUGAAAUAAGUGUCACAUUCUGGUUUGUCUGUCAAGCCUCACACAAGCUAUUGCAUGUUGGACAUCCUGUAAAUUUGAAAGUGCUACCGGUUGCAAAAGUGCGUUAUUCGCAUUCUCGUUCAAGGCAUGUCUCUUUCAAAAAAACAUUUGAAUGCUAAAUAUUUUGGUGUAUAUUGCUCUUUUGUAUUGAAUUAAAUUAUUUUAUAUGACAUCAGAGGUCUACGGUGCUCCCAUUUUAGGAGCAUUUUCUCCAAAAUUUUGAUGUGUACCAACUGGAAAAAUGUUCAGGAGCACAUAUCCUAAUUGGGAUUACAUCAGCGCAUGCGUUCUUUGGAUAAAUUCAUAGUAUAGAGCCCUGCCCCAUACUUGUACGGUGUAUUGUUACUAUGGUUGAAUGAUUAUUUUGCGCCGCGGUCUUUUCCUGCUGGGAACGCUUCGUGAUAAGUGCUUUGAAAUGCUCGGCAUAAGGCAUGUGAAUGUUCCUCCUUUGUUUCCAGUGUGCAGUAAAGCGCGUUCGGUCUUAAAGUCUGUUUUUAGUAUCGCUUCUGCUUGGAAUGAGUUUCUUUUUCGCCAUUGCGCCUGUGUAAAAUCCAUUACGCAGGCAGUGGCUGCCUGUCGUGUGCACUGUUGAUGUGGGACAGUACGAUGUACGAUGACGAUGUCUUUAGUUCUUAUAACGUCAGCUCUGAUAUUAU